AUGGACCCUCUAACCCUCCAGGAGCGCGUCUCAACCAUUGCUCAGACAACCACCGACCUGGUGGACAAGCUUCGCCAAGUCGGAGACCCAGAGCCCUCCUUCGAGCAUGGCCUCCCCCCCUCUUUGCAGACCAACGCGUGUGCCGGAGGCUCAACAGCCGCAGCCGCCCUUCGUCUAAGGCUUCUCCAGCAAGUUGACGAGUUGCGUGCGGUACUCACGGAACCUGCUCUUCUGCUUACUCCAGAAAUGCAAAACCCGUCUCUCAGCGGCCACGCCAUCGUUCGUCUGGGCAUUGCAGAAUCCUUCCCACCCGAAGGCACCACUGUGACGGCCUUGGCGCAGAAGCUCCGUCUCCGCGAGGAUCUGGUCCGGCGUCUGCUCGCGCAUAGUGCCACUUACCAUGUGUACUAUGAGUCCGAGCCGGACCGGUUUGUGCAUACGGCGGCAUCGCGGCUCCUGGCCGAGAAUCCAGGCAUGCGGGAUUGGAUUCGUCUCGGGUGCGAGGAGCUGUUGCCGGCUACCAUGCAGAUUGCGAAUGCCAUCCUCCGGUAUCCAAGCUCCGAAGAGCCUAAACAUUGUGGAUGGAAUAUCCAGAACCAAACCUCCGAGCCCAUCUUCCGAGCCCUGGCCGGGAUGCCCGACCGCGCAAGCCUCUUCGCACGGGCCAUGAGCUGGCAUGCCCGGGAACCAGGAUUCUCGCCCCGGUACCUCGCCGAGGCCUUCCCGUGGCAAAGCACCAGCACGCUGCUGGACCCUGCCCGUGAGCAAUCAGCGGUAGGUAGCCCCGACGACGCCUGUGAUCCCACCAGCCCUCACAGCAAGCCUUUCACUAUCGUGGACAUGGGAGGUGGCCUAGGCCACAUCUCGCAGGCGUUGCUGGCGCACCACCUGAGGUUGUCCGAAGCGGAGGGACACGACCAUGGGACUCAGCAGUCAUGUCCGAGUCAGCACGAGCACGACAACAAUCAAGGAGAAUAUUCCGCCCGCCGGCCCCGUCGCCGCUCCGUGCAAUGUAUCGUCCAGGAUGCGGCGCAAGUAGUGUCCCAAGCCAUAUCGACAGCUCAAGCGCAGCCAGCAACCGACGCCAGCAGGACAGUAGAGCCCCGGAUCGAAUUUCAGGCCCACGAUUUCUUCCACGAACAGCCGGUCAAGGGCGCCGACGUAUACCUUCUCCGGUUGGUCCUCCACGACUGGUCCGAUAAGUACGCCCUUCAGAUCCUCCGCGCGUUGAUCCCCGCCCUCCAGCCAGGGGCGAAGGUGGUGGUGAAUGAUCGGGUGGUGCCGGGACGGCAUGAGGUGCAUUAUUUGGUUGAGAGAGAGGCGAGGGAUUACGACAUGUAUAUGAUGGCGUUUCAGAAUGCCAAGGAACGCACGCUGGAGGAUUGGACGGCGCUGUUCGGGGCGGCGGAUGCGCGGUUCGGUUGGCCGGCGGUGCAUCGCCCGGUGGGAUCUGGUUUGGCAGUCUUGGAAUUCACUUGGGAGGGAUAG